AUGACCGCAAAGAACCGCAUUGACAUGAUGAUAAUCACGAAGAGUUUUUCUCCUGAUAUUGAAGCUCUUUUACACGGAGUUACUAAGGAAAGAUUGGAAUUAUUUUCAGUUUUGGUCGAGAAAAGGCCAGACGACUUAAAACAGUUAGCUGAUUAUUUAAGUCGCGACUAUCAAAGUGUUUACCAGGAUGCUAAGAUUUUAGCCAAAUGGGGAAUUAUUCAAUUAGAAGGAGAGAAUGAAAAAAUUAAACUACAAACCCCCUAUAAAAAAAUCGUUUUGGAAUUUCCGGCUCAUUAUACUCAAGUUUCGCCAGUAGCCAAAUCCAAGACUUCUCCUCAGUUAAGUCUCUAA